AUGCCUUCAGCGUGGCGUAGGGUCGGCAUAGGUGCCGCUGCCCUCGUUGGAGUCUACGCCAUCAUUCUUGGAGCCUUGCUUACUCCGAAUCUCCAACGCUUCGCUCUGUAUGCCCACAAAAUCAACACCCUUUUCCUCCACGACAUCGACAACGGUGAACGGUUUGGAUUCGCCAAAGGCCAGGUUACGCCCUUCAGCAUUCACACCGCGGAUGGCGAGACUUUGUAUGCCUGGCAUGUCCUACCCAUCGACGCCUAUGCUCGCAACGAAGAGGUUCUGCGAAAGGAAGCGGGGUCCAUUGGCGAUUUCUCCAAUACACAUGCAUUCCAUCUAUUGACUUCAAGUGAAGCGAAAGUUGUGGUGAGCUUCCACGGCAAUGCUGGACAUAUCGCACAAGGCUGGCGACCGGAAACGCUUCGGCAUCUCACCGCGCAGCCAAACACGCACGUGGUCACGAUCGAUUAUCGCGGCUUCGGAAAGUCUUCCGGAUAUCCCACCGAGGCCGGUCUGAUCGAGGAUGGGACAGCACUGGUGAAUUGGGUGCUGCGCAUUGCGAACAUCCCGCCCAAUCAGAUCGCAAUUCUCGGCCAGAGCCUGGGCACUGCAGUAGCGAGUGCUGUUGCGUUACGCUUCGCCGAUCCGUCAAAUGAGCUGGUCUGGCCAAACGCUGCAGAACCAAUUCCCGGAGUGGUGGAGAAAGAUGGACUCCAGCCGACCAUCUUUGCCGGCAUCAUCCUUAUUGCUCCCUUCUCCAGCUUGCCGUCCUUGCUGCUCACAUACCGAAUGGGAGGCUUUCUCCCGCUCCUGCUUCCCCUGCGACCAUUCCCGGCACUGGCAAGUUCUCUCACAUCUCAAAUGGUGGACAAAUGGCAUACUGCGGAGAGACUGCGCGCGUACCACGCCACCCUGUCCGGGGAUUCCGGGCUUGCGCCGGCGAAUGCAGCGAGAUUGGGCAGCCUGCAAAUCUUUCAUUCGCUGGACGACUUCGACAUCUCCUAUCAUCAGACUGAGAUGAUAUGCCGACGGAUAUUUGUUGAUGGCGCGGAGUGCAUCGAUGGUAGCAAGGGUGCUGCUGUCUUGGGCGUCAAGUCCGAUGACGCCCCCAGAGUCCGUUUCGAGCUUCUGCAGCAUGGAGGUGAGACGAAGUCCCACGUAAUCCGUCCGUCAAUCCACUGA